GGAGUAAUUGGAGAUAGUUCCAUCUCAAGUUAAGGGGUUUGGCUUGUGAACCCGUAAGCUUUCUGUCCUUGUUUGGCGGGUGAUGAUGGGAUGGACCAACCUUGCUGAAGCAUUGAGAUGGGUAUAAAACCUCUCGAAGGUAAUUCUCAUUCCUAUUCCCCAUCUCACACCCUCUUGCUCAUCAUUUUGGUGGAAGAAUGGCUCCUAAAAAAGCUGAACCGAAAAAGGAGGCGGCAAAGCCAGCGCCUCCUCCUGAACCAGAAAAACCCAAGGAGCCUCAGUUUGACCCCAAAAGCAUUAAGAUUGAGUUUACAGCUGAUCAGAUUGAAGAAUUUAAAGAGGCCUUCAUGCUAUUCGACAGAACUCCUUCUGGUGAAAUGAAGAUCACUUACGCCCAGUGUGGUGAUGUCAUGAGGGCAUUGGGUCAGAAUCCUACAAAUGCAGAGGUGCUCAAAGUACUUGGCAAACCCAAACCUGACGAAAUGAACACCAAGUUGAUUGACUUCGAAACUUUCCUGCCUAUGUUCCAACACGUGUCCAGGUCCAAAGAUCAAGGCACUUUUGAGGACUUUGUUGAGGGCCUGCGGGUGUUUGACAAAGAAGGGAACGGCACUGUAAUGGGCGCCGAACUUCGCCAUGUACUUGCAACAUUGGGUGAGAAAAUGACAGAAUCAGAGGUAGAACAGCUGAUGGCAGGACAGGAAGAUGGAAACGGCUGUGUCAACUAUGAAGCGUUUGUUAAACACAUCAUGGCUGGAUAAAUGAAAGAGCUCAGAUCAGG